CACAUUGCCUUCGAGAAAACUCGUGAAGUUACAACAAAAAAGAAAAAAAGAGACAAGAAUUAAAAUUUUAAUAUUACUGGAUUGUAAACAAGGUAUAUUACAAUUAUGUCGCUAUUUGGUGCGUUAAUGGGCGAUUUCGACGAUGAUCUUGGAUUCAUGAAUAAUCACAUGAACCACCACAUGAACGCCAUGAAUAUGCAAAUGCGUUCGAUGAACCGCUUGAUGAACUCUUUUAUGCCCGAUCCAUUCAAUAUGCUGGGACCAUCGCCAUUUGAUCCUGGCUUUCAGCAGGGCGCAUUGAUGGAGCGCGGCCAACAGUCUAUGGCUCCCAUGGGCGGCGGUCUAUUUGGAUUUCCAGCCAUGCCCGGUUUCAAUCGUUUGAUUAAUGCCGAUAUUGGCGCUAAUAAUGGCGCAUCGUUUUGCCAAAGCACCGUGAUGACCAUGUCCUCGGGUCCAGAUGGACGCCCGCAGAUUUAUCAGGCUAGCACUAGCACCAAAACCGGACCUGGCGGUGUGCGUGAGACACGCAAGACGGUUCAAGAUUCGCGCUCGGGUCUUAAAAAGAUGGCCAUCGGUCAUCAUAUUGGCGAGCGCGCACACAUUAUCGAAAAGGAACAGGACUUACGCUCUGGCCAGCUGGAAGAGCGUCAGGAGUUUAUAAAUUUGGAUGAAGAGGAGGCCGAGCAAUUCGAUCGUGAGUUUACCACUCGCGCCACACGCGGCAUCAUGCCACAUGGAAGUGGCCAUGGCGGCCUGCAGGCCAUACGCGGCGCUCGCCCAACUGCUGGGGGCUCAACAGUCACCAUUGAGCCGCUCGAUGACGAUGAUGACGAUUGUGUGAUUCAAGAGCCGCCUCGCACAGGCCGUCAAUUGCCCGCUUUGCCAGCGCCUCCAACAGCACCGCAUAGCAGCGACACUCUUGCAGCAGCAGCAGCAGCAACAACAACUUCGCCACGUCGUGCCAUUACAACAACAACAACAGCAACGUCUUCGCCCCCAACUCUCGACGUAACAAACAACAACAACAACAACCACUAUUUGAGCACCGGAAAUAUGUCAGCAUCGCGUCGCGCCUAUAUGCGCAAUGGUCAGCAUUUGGCCACGCCCCGUCGCCCGCUACGUACGCCUUCCUCGUCACCGCUGGCCACCGUAUCCAGCGCUAGUCACAGCAUUGCCGGCACGCCAAGCAUACAUCCACAUCCCUAUGCUGCAAAUCCCGCUGCCGCCCGUCGCCAGCAACGUCUAAAGCAUCACCACCAACAGUCGAGCGCCACCCGUGGAUUGGAGGAUGGGAGCGAGCCCCGUGUCAAAUCGUCUAAGCGGAAUAAACCUCAAUAAUAUGAUGUGGGCAAGGAUACACACACGCAUACCUAACAGCACACACAAGCACACACACACCUAACAGCAUACACAGACAGCGUUAGUUUAGCCUCCAAUUGCAAAGCGCAAACCUAUAGUACAUGUUAUCGAUAAACGAUUACAGUCAUGCAGACACACACACACACACACAUACACACACACACACAUACAAAUUUCUAAUUAUAUGUUAUUAUCUUCUAUUAGAUUCGCGUAUCUGCAGUGUGCGCGUUUUCCCCACUUUGUACCAAUGAUUUUUGGCCAGGCCAAACCAAAAAUCAAAUUGACUAUUUCCAUAUUUUUAGCGACAACGCGUGUCUUAGUUUUGUAUUAAAAUAUAUUUGGCACAGAGCGUGACACGCAGGCUCGCCAAUCUGCGAUAACAUUUUGUAAUCAAUAGUUUUUCGGACGCCGGGCAACUGUUCACACCCCACACGAACAAUAUACAAACACUUACAAUCCCCACACCCACAUCUAAAAUGUUAAUGAAAAUUUUUAGUUGUAUUAAAGUUAAAAAAAAAAAGCUCUAAUUUUAAGUUGAAUCGUUUAAAA